UGUGCAUCUAAAAGCUAACAAUCAGCAGCACAAAUACGGCGUCCCGGCAAGAACAAGCAUGAAGCCGUGCUGCGAAAGCAAAAAGGUGAUGGAGGACACUGCAGUGAACGUGCAGAGAACGAGUGAUAAAUAUUGUACGCAUCAGCAGAAGCAAGCCAGUGCAGCAGCCGCCAGUGGUAACAUAGGCAGUGUUGGGGGUGGCGGCGGCAGUGGCAGUGGCGGAACCGUGAGUGCAAGUGCAGGGUGUUCAGGCAGUAACAAUAAUAAUACAAAUAACAGCAGCAGGAGCAAUAGCUGUAAAUCGUUUCCCAUAACGCAGCAGGCUCCUUCCCAUUUGGUGACGCCAACGAACCAUCAAUCUCGAGCGAGAUCUAUCGAUACAGAUUCUAAUACACCUUCGGCCACCGACGCUACCGUCAAUUCUGUCCCAGCACCAACAGCAGUAGCAACAGCAGCAACAGCAUCUUCUCUGCCGCUAGCUUCGUCAACAUCGUCAACAUCGAUGAACGCCGCGGCUACGUCGGAGUUGAAGAUGGUUGUGGAAAACGAGCAGCGACAGCAGUCAUCAAAAAAUCACGUAGACCAGUCGGCAGUGAAAAUGAUUGCUAAAAAUAAGGAUCAAUGUUCAACGCCGGCGAAGGACAACCAUGCUAGUGUCUGCAGUUCAGAUAAUGGUUUAUCAAAGAGCCACAAAAAGAAAAGGAGCAAAGAAAAAGAUCGAGAGCGAGAUAAGGCCCGAAAACGACGUCGUUCCGAGGACGACAUAUCCAACACGGAAGGGAACAAAAAUGAAUCUGCUAAGGAAGUGAAAAAUGGCAUUCCUAAUCCUAGCACGAGCGCCCCACCGUCCGGUCAUACACCCAGCAAGAAUGUAUCAUCAGCUGUGGCCAAUGUAGCAUCGCAUCCUUCUUCUACGUCCCCGCUUCCUGUUGCAUUUAUGGGCCCGGUGUCAAUACAAAACAAGGAAAAUCAUCAUCAACAACAGUUGGCCGAGUUUGCGGCGGCACACCAAGCUAUCAAACUGGAACUCUCUAUCGAAACGACACCAUCGAUCCCAGCGUCAGCAGGUGCUGCCGCCGCACUGCUCAUCAAUCACGGUGCUCCGGUUAUGGUUGGUACCUCGGCCACCGCUGCAGCUGUGGCAGCAGUGGCUGCCAGUUCCAGCACCCCGAUAUCUCCCGUCAAUUUGCUGCUCAAUCUGGAACGUAGCAAAAAUGAUCUAGCGAACGCCAACGUCAAGAAGCAGGAUGUGUUUAUCAAGAAGGAGUACCUCCCGGCCAAGACCAAGUUGCUGACAAAACAGGAAAAAACACGAGAUGAUGUUACGAGGGCGUUGAAUUUUGGCGAUGGAAACGAAAAAACAAGUGGAACCACUACACCAACACCAAUUAGCACUACAGCAACGACUGGCACCGGAACAGGGUGUUCGAGCAUCGGUGGAAAUAGUGUAACGCCAAAUGCCACCAGCAACAGCAACUCCAAUACCCUCAUGUGCGUCGCAAACAACGUAACGGUGCCGGGUGGCAACAUCAGUACAAGUACAAGUACACCCAGCUUCGCGCUAGCAAGUAGCAAUAAAGCGAAUUCCAACAUUUUAAUCAAGAUCGACUCUCCCAAGAACGCCGAAGAGAAGGUCAUCGUGAAGAAGGAGCCCGGAAUAACACAGCCCCUGUCUGGAGGAGCUUGUCCAAAUGCAGCGUCUGAUGAGGGAGGCAAAUUAUCGGUGGUGUUGGAGGAUUUAAAAGAAAAACCCAUUAACGGUACGCCAUCCAACGAUGGGACGAUGGGAAAAAGCUUACUAAUGUCGGUAAAAAAAGAUGUCCAGCGGAUCUCCGAAUCGCCCGUUAAGCAGGAAUUGCCCCUAUCCGACAACACCACAGCAUUAAACAAUUCCUCUAUUGGUGCGUACAAAGUUGGCUCCAAUUCAUCCACCUCAACAUCGGCGCAUAAAAGCGGAAACGGUGGCACGACACAAAGCAGCAGCAGCAGUAGCAGUCGGGAAUGCUCGCGUUGUUACAAACGGUCGAAAAUCAAGCGUGCCAAUAUUGGUAUUCAAUGCAGACGGGGAGGAGGAGGAGGCGGAGCUAGCUCGUCGAGCACAUCAACAUCGGUUGCGUUGCAAGAAGCACACGAAUCGAGCGCUCGCAUCGGCUCCAUCAAUCGAAGCUCCAAUUGCCAUUUGCGUUCCAAGCUACUCGAAGGGCUUAAGUAUGGAAGAUUUAUGCGCAUCGAAGUUCAUCCGAACGGUGGUGCGUCUGUGGUGCAUAUGUAUCAGGACGAAAUUGGCGUCCUUUCGGAGGUGGAGAUGGAGGAGCUGGUGCAGGAAUUUUUCCAAGUAGUAUUCGCCGAAGAUGAAGACGGCUUUGCGCACCAUGUGAUGGGGAUCGUACACGAUGCGGCCGCGUAUCUACCCGAUUUGCUGGAGCAUAUGGCGGAAAACUAUGCGAACCUCACGGUUAAGGCCGGUGUUUUGGGUCGCAACUCAGAUAUAGAAACGUGCACAAUGAAUCAGUACAAUGAACAGGUGGUGAAAAACUAUUCGCAAGGAACUGUACGCUAUGGACCACUGCAUCAGAUCAGCCUGGUAGGAAAAGUUCACGAAGAAGUUGGUGGCUACUUUCCCGAUCUCUUGAAGCGUUUGGAGGAUAACCCAUUUCUGAACAAGGCCAUGCCUUGGGGAGAGCUUUCAAUAGUUCAAAUGGAUCCUCGACUCUCAAACGAUGGCCCGAUCUUGUGGAUUCGACCCGGCGAGCAGCUUGUGCCUACGGCUGAAAUCAAUAAAACUCCUUUAAAGCGUCAGCGUACCAGGAUAAAUGAGUUGCGGAAUUUACAAUAUCUUCCACGAUUGUCCGAAGCUCGCGAAACUAUGAUCGAAGAUCGCACAAAAGCACACGCCGACCAUGUCGGACACGGGCACGAUCGCAUGACCACGGCAGCAGUGGGCGUUUUGAAAGCAGUCCGUUGCGGUAUACCGGACGAGUUGAAUCGCAUAACGAAGGAUGUUGUCGCGUUUGACGCACAUUGCUUCCCGCAUCUGGUGGAGAAACUGCAGCUUGAUCUGCACGAGCCUCCGAUCUCGCAGUGCGUGCAAUGGGUAGAAGAUGCAAAGCUUAAUCAACUGCGCCGCGAAGGCAUUCGCUACUCGCGCAUCUCGCUGUAUGACAACGACAUCUACUUUCUGCCACGCAACAUAAUUCAUCAAUUCCGCACGGUAACGGCGGUGACGAGUAUCGCGUGGCAUCUGCGGCUGAAGCAGUACUAUCCGGAUCAGCAUGUCGUACAGGAGAUUGCUAACGGGUAUGAGGUCGAUCCGCCGCACUACAAGGAAAAACAAACCAUCCUGCCCCACCCGGUGUCGGCGGAAGGUGAACGAAAACACACUCCGAUCAAACGUUCGCACGACGGUAAACCAAAGAAGCUUGAGCCGAAGAAGGAGCCUCCGCCGCUUGCGGCCCAAACGUCACCGAAGCCUGUUAAGGUGACGGAGACGAUUGAAAAACUGGCCGCGAAGGAGGCAAAAAUUGACAUGCGCAAACUGAUACGGGAUGAUAAACGGUUGUCCGUAGACGGAUCUCUACGCACGCCCCGAAAAUCUUCUACAACCCCCGAGAGAGGUUCGGAAAAGAAAUCCAACUCUGGCUGCGGGCAGUCCGGUCUCAAGACUGCAUCUUCUUCGUCGACGCCGACCAAGCACGGGGCACGGAGCACGGAAGAGGCUGGGAGUAGUAGCUCGAAGAAGGACAAGAGCCAAUCGUGCAGCGAACGAGACAGGGAUCGUGAUCGGAAGCGAAACCGUGACCGGGAGCGCGAGCGAGACGGAGACCGGGAUCGCGAUCGAAGGGAUCGCGACAAAAAGGAAAGUCGUGAUCGUGACCGGGAGAAGGAUCGUGAACGGAAUAAGGAUCGUGACCGAGAGAAGGAUCGCAAUCGCGAUCGGGAACGAGAACGUGAUCGCGAUCGAGACCGGGAGCGCGGUCGUGAUAAAGAACGUCGACAUCAUAAACAUCAAUCGAGUUCCUCUUCGUCAACGCCCAGCCGAAAGUCGUCCUCGUCGUCCUCCAAGCGCAGUCACGGAAAGCCGGAUCAGGAAACCGAACAGGAAAAUCGAAAGCUUUCGUUCCACUCUGUACCAUCUUCGCAGAGUGGCAGUGCAAGUAGUAGCCGCCGAGAGUCUACCUCGAGUGUGUCGCGGGACAAAGAACAGCCCGUCGUUGGUCCGCUUCCUAUGAUGCCACCUAGCAGUUCGUCGGAGGUUGAUUCUAUCCCCCUCACAUCGACGGAAGCUGUCAGUCGCGCAACCACUACCAAUUCGCCCAUUGAACCAUCGCAACCAAAUGAUUCGUUAGAAGCGACAAAUAUGAAUGGCCUUCCCGAACAACGAGUCUCCGACGCUUCUAAAACCGACUCUGAGCCUGUGAUAACUGCAACCGAAGUAAAAGUGGUGACGGCAUCCCAGCCGGAAGCAUCGUCUGUCGCACAAACAGCCGAUGCUACUGUACCACAAAAACCGCCCCCCUCCGAACCAACAUCACAACAAGACAACGGAGAACGCAGUAAAUCACUUUGUGGAGACAACAGUAUGUAUGCCGGUCUGAAGACAAACCGAAUAGUUCAUCCGCCGGUAGCACCAUUGGCGGCUCCACCACUUCCUAUUUCUUCACCACCGCUAGCUCCUCCACCCCCACCACCUCCGCCUCCGCCACAGCAAGACAUGGAGGAGGCUCCAACGAGAGAUAAAUGGGAAAUUACUGUUGACUCUACACAAAGUUCCGCGACGAAUGCCGAUGACACCUCCGUGACACCAAAAGUGAAAAAAAGUAUUCAACAUACCGCUUUCAGCAAUAUAAGCAACAGCAACAGCAGCAGCAAAACCGGUAGCAGCAAUUCUACUACCAGCAGUAGUAGUAGUAACCGUAGUAAUACUAUAUCCAACAGUAGCGGUAAGAUUUACAGUAGUAGCGACAGUGUUAAGAAAAGCAAUAGUUGUAUCACUGCAGCUGCAGACCCCGAUGAGACCGCUACUGCUGGCCACAGUCAUAAGCAAUCCAGUGAUCUGCUGAGCACGAUAAUAGCCAGCAUGGAAAGUACCGCCGCGAAUCAAAGUGCUUCGAAUUUUUAAGGCCGGAGUUAUGUAAGCUAUUGUGCUUGUUUGGUGAGCAUGGAAAACCCAGCUGUUGUUAUUUAUCCCCCGAUUCGGUCAUAGUUUUGAUACUUAAAUUCAAUUCUCCCAUCAACAACAGGCUCGUUGAGGUCUGCCACUCCUCUGACUUUCAUUACAACAGCCCCGUUUUUAACUAAGGUUUAUUGGUUUGUGAUCUCCCCAUCACGCAGUAUAAAAAUGUAGUGCACACUACGCCUUAGCAAUAGUUAUAGUUAGAGGAAAGUCUAGAAAAUACUUCUGCUCGAAAACGUAUGCCGAACCGCGUGGAGGGGAGAAGAGAGGUGACGCUGACGAUUUUAUUAAUGACUUUUCUUCACCAAAAGGAAAUACCCCUUUUGCGUACUUUAUUCAACUUAGGUUAAUGUUUAUUGCAGUGUACAGUUGAAGCAAAUAGAAGCACAGAGUAAUCCAUUGUUUGGUUAGAGCGCUACGAAAGAUAUGAUAAAUACUCCACAAAUUCAAAUGCAAAGGAACCGAACCCGUCAAGAAGAAGAUAAGAUUUUCGCAAAACGUGUCUGACACGUUAUCCUUAAGUGCAAAAAGAGAAUGGCGCAACCAACGAAAUACACAUUGAAUCACAAACGAAAGUAGCACCAAACAGUUAAAUUCUGUUUUUAUAUAUUGUAUGUAUGUUUUAGAGCUUCCACAACUUUCGCCGAGUCAGUUAAUGUGUUUUUUUUUGUAAUAUUUAUAUGAUAUUUUGUAUAUUGUAAUCAAAAACGAUCCUUUACUUGCGUGUAAAAAGGGUUUUCUAUUUAAAAACCACUUGGAAAUUUAACAAAGAUGAACCAUACACGGUUCGAUGAUUUUUAUGCAAAAACCCCUUUAUAUUUAGGACAGCGGCCGAAAUAACAUUUACAACAACAAAAACCCUAACUAAGUUUUAGUAAACUAAGAGCCCUUUAAAUGAUGAAUAGUAUUGUUUAAAAACACAACAAGGAUAGAAUAUAAACAGU